UCGAUCGUUUCGAGUCUGUCCAAGCAAGUCGAUGAAAACAUUCAGCGGAUCAUCGGCUCACUGUACGUUGGUUACUACACGAGUUGCGCCGUGAAACUUAAAAAUUCCGUUCGUCGAAAGGUCGACAGAAGCGUUUAAAGUUUCGUUUCACCGAUUUCGUUGUCCUCGUGAUCGAUGAAAUUGUGAUUGUUGCGUUUCAUGAAUGCAAACAAGAGUAAAAAAGAAAUUUUGCAAUUAAUCGUUUGAACAGAAAGAUUGAUUCGACAGAUUGAGAGAUGAGUGUCACUUGUAUUAUCAAUUUCAUUAGAAAUAUGGAAGACAAUAAGAUAACAGGCAAGAUCGUUUUAAUUGUAUAAUGGCUCGUUUUUAUUACCAAUGCAAUUUUGACUUAAAAAACGAGAGUGAAUACGAUAAUGCUGUAUUAAAACCAUUCGUUUGUCCUCCGGACAAAUAUUGUCCUUAUUGUUGUUGCAAUUGGCAGUGUUGUCUUGUGGUACAGAAACGUCCACCACGACAAAUCUGGGAGACCUGGUACUUUUGGUUGGGCGUUACAUUAUUGGCUGUUUUUAUCCUAAUUUCGGUGUGCAGCUACGUAGUCAGUAAUUAUAGGCAUAACGUUCAAGGUGUGCCGUUCCGACAUAAUGCACGCAUUAAUGAUAACGGACGAAACCAUCGAGCAAAUCGUUCUAGACCAACACAGAACGAGGUGUCUAUAAGUAUAAUUCCUACAUCUGGACUGCUACCGGGUCAUAAAAAAAUGGUCAUGAUUUCUACACAGAAUAAUAUCGCUCAUUUGAGUAAGUCCAUUUCAUUGCAAGACGCAUUAAAAAUAUUAUCAACAUCUGUUAGACAUUGUCCAUUAUUCAUCAAAUCAAUUCAAAUGCAUUCGAAUUAAAUGCGAACAAAGAUGACCAUAUAUCCUUGAAUCAAGGUCACGUCUUUUCGUUUUUUGCUAGUUCGUCGUCAGAUUUCGAUUAGUUGCUUCAAGUGCAUGUAUGUAUAUACUACUUUUAUUUUAAUUAUUACUACAUACAUACAUACAUACAUACAUACAUAUAUAUAUAUUUAUAUUCAUUAAUUUAUUGUUAUUUAACAGAUACUAUAAUUAUUUUAUAUAUGUUGCAGCUCCGAUCGUAGCCUAAAAUUAGAGCUUUCUUUUUUCUUUGGAAAAGUUCGGAAAGAAAGUGUUACGAUUGCGAAUAUUUUGUAUUAUGAAUGCACGGUUACUAUGACACCUCGAUGAACGUUUAUCGAUGAGAACGAAGGCAUGCAUUUUAUUGCUUUGACCGGGUGUACUUAUCGCAAGUGCAUUAUUUUGUAUGAUCUCGACAUAAUGGUAGUCGAUGGUUAAUGUUCAAUGAUUAUGAGGAAAGAUCUGCAGGGAGACUGGACGAACUCAAUUGAGCCUUUUAAUCUUGCUGAAAUGAUCCCAAGUCAAACGGCUUUCAAGUUAUAUAAAGAGUAUUCAGAGAGAGGAAAAGAUAGAGAUAAACGUUAUCGAUACGAGAUCGAUUCUUUGAUUUGGUGAUCAUAAAAAUCUAAAGAAAAGCAAAAUAAAAGGAACCCAGAAGGGAAUAAUGAAAGACAUCGUUUACAGACUGCUAUCGGAUUUGAAUAUCAAAUUGAUACUUGAAUAUUAGAUUUCUCGAGAGAUACUAAAAAAAGCUUAGCUCAAUCAUUUUCAAUCUCAUGUAAUCAAGAUUUCAAAUAUUUUUAUUUUCGUUGAGAAAGAGAGAGAGAGAGAGAGAGAAAUUUGAUUCACAAAUUUACAAAGCUAAUUUCAAAAACGAUGAAGUGAGAAAAUAGAGGAUUUUUUCUUUUUCGACGAUGUUAAAUAUUUAUUCAUUUUUAUUAAUCAGAAUGACAUAUGUAAUCACUUGUUAUGACAAACGUCAAAUUUAUUCGACGUAUCCGUUCUCUCUAUCUCUUCCUUUGUAUCAAACAGAGAAAGAGAGAGAGAAAGGGAAAGUAAGGAGUGAAAGAUAAAAAAGAAAAGAAAAUUCGAAGAGACUACGAUAUCGUGAUAUCGAAGAACAGACACCGGAUUUACUAAACGGCAAGGAGGAAAUUCCAUCGUCGAAGGAGCUGCCUUACCUUCGCUCUCGGUUGUUACUACUUCGAAACUCGUUUUCUUACGACGGAGGAUCGAGGAUGGGCGUUACUCCCAUUAACAAUUAAGAAGAAACGCUCAGUUCGCGGUUGAUGUAAUUCUCUCUCUCUCUCUCUUUUUCUCUCUUUUUCUCUCUUUUUUCAGUCUUUCACUCGGUACUCUUUUCAUCUCGAGAAGAGAAAGAGCACGGGAGCUAAUUAAAAAGGACAAUCGAGCGGCGAACCACAUACGUUCACUCUACGUUCUACCCCUCACUCUCCCUCUUCUCUUCUCGAGUCUUAUCCCUAUUGCAAAGACCCUUCGUUUCUCAAGAUCCUUACUCAUGAUAAAGGUAAAUCGCAGUAAUCUUCGAGAGAGAAAACGACGCAAGAGAGGCACUACUAUACCUAUACGUAAUAUCUAUAUAACGAAGCAAAGGUCAACGUUAUUCGAAUAAAUUUUGAUUUCAUAUCUUUAUCAUUAGAAAUUGACAAGAUGUAUAAUUAUCGGACAAGUAACAAGUUGGAUAUCAACGUCGAAACGAUAUAUGGAAAAAGAACUAUAAAAGAAUCUAUUAUGUUCUCUUUGAAGAAAACAUUUAUUAGAUCCUCGUAUCUCUUUCUUUCGACGUUAAAAAGGAUUGAUGUUAUAGAAAUUGUCACGAUGAUCCCUCAAAGAAAUUCUUACGAUGCUGUUUGGAAAGAGAGAGAGAGGAAGAGAAAGAGUAGAUCGCUAGCGACCUCGUUCGACUGUAACGAAGUGUCAUUCCGAUAACCCAAGCCGGCUUUUACUGUCUCUUGAUGCCGAUAAAGAAAUAUACAACAAACGGCCCCAUACAUUCUCUGUUUAAUGUUGCAUGCACGGUAAACCAAGCGAAGAAUCAAGCAACUACGUGCACCACGAAAGCCAAUGACUUGGCACAACUCGAGUCGAUCAUCGAACGAAUGUCAAUUAGGGAAUGAUCCAUCGAGAUCGCACAUUUUUUUAAAUUCCUUUUUUCUUCUUUUCUACUUACGAAGAUCUUGGUUUUUUUCUUACUGUUUGUGAGUAUCAAUGUAAAUAAUAUAAUAGCAUAUACUUGAAUUAUAUUCGCAUCGUGUUUUUGAGAAUACAACUGAUACGUAAACGA